UGCGGGCAGCGAAAAGUUGUGUGCACCAGCAGCAACAACAAAUGAGCAGCAGCAGUCUUUGUUUCGGUCACGGGCGUGAAUUGUAUCAUCGUGCCGUGCCGUCCCAGUGUGUCUAGCUGUAGUCGGGCACAGUGCGGAACCAUCUGCAUAGGGGGAUGAUUUCCCGUAGCGAUUUCGUUCUCCAAACGGGCAACUAGGUAGUGCUUCUCCGUAGCCUUACGAUAGGUGGUUCCGUUCCGUUUGUAGCGUUUGUUCUUGUAACACCGUCGUGUAAAUAUAGCGUUUCCGUGUUAGUGCUCUAGUGCGACCAGCGAGAGUGAAGAAGCGCUCCGUGCGUUACUGUGCGUGUGUCGAUGCGCACAUGUGUGUGAGUGUGAUUUUUGUAGUGUUAUUUUGUGGCGAUUGCGUCUGCACACCCAUUAUUCCCACGCCAACUGUGUGCUGUGCAGCAUCCCCUUCACUAUGCGAUCGCUAUGGUGAGCGGUGCUUUCGUUCGUGCUAGCAUAGAAGUUCACAGUGCGUGUUGUGUAGUACCAGGGCAGGGCAGAAAGCAGUAGAGUUUGCCCCCACCCCGCUUACAUGGGUAUCAUAAGGCGGGUGUCGUUGUUAGCCUUUCGUCCUGAUUUGUUGUUCCCCGUUGCCAGUAGUAAGCGCGAUAGGCGUAGCACGAUUAGUACACUUUCGUUCGGUCCGUCUGUAUGGUGAAGCGCCUGAGCGGCAGCGCUCAUCGACCAGCGUGAAAGCAAAAGGAGCGUGGGUCUUGUGUUUUGGUGUUAAGCAAGGAGAGAGGCAAAGAAGAAAAAUAAAAAUCGCGCGCGCCACGGAAGGUUAGCAGCAGCAAGGCAAUCCGUGGCCCCGGAUCCGCGCCCGUGUGACCGAUGGUGCGCAAUAAAUACACGCUAACCACCGCUGGCAAGUCGCCCAGUAAAAAAUCGCGCACCGGCAGCCUGAGCAAGCAGCACGACGCCACCGGCGACGACGACGGCGAAACCGGCACCCUGGACGGCAGCGGAAGCGCCGCCGGCAGUCCUGUAGGAGGCGGAACCGACGCGGCCGCCAAACGAUGUGACGGCGGCUCGGUCCACAAGCAAAACCUUUACAUCAUUUCGUUUCCCGUUAUCUUUGUGUUUAACGUGCUGCGCUCGCUGCUGUAUCAGUUGUUUAUCGUUUUCCGCUACGUGUACAACUUCACCACGAAGGUGGUUUACCGGCCGGUCCGGAAGGAGUGCGGGCUGGAGAUCGUGAUCAACACGGAUCAGCACGGCCAUCAUCACCAUCACCAUCAUCGGCACAGUAGCCACAGCAUCCACAGUACCACCGCCGCACAGCAGCUUCAGCAGCAACAGCAGCAGCAGCAUCAAUACAGCCUACUGCAACAGGAGCAGCACGGUGUCACAGAACCUCAGCAGCAGCAGCAGCAUCAAGCGGCCCAUCCGCUGCAGUGCUCACAGAGUGGCAUUUUGGUAAACGGCGAAGGUCGCGAAAUGUCCAUCCAGCGGUCAGCGAGCGGCAGCCAGGUGGGUCCCGGGGAUCCGCUGCUGGCGAAGCAGAAGCAUCACCACCGGCGUGCGUUCGAGUACAUUUCCAAGGCGCUCAAAAUCGACGAAGACAACGAGGAUCAAAAAGAGCUGGCCAUCGAGCUGUACCGGAAGGGCAUACUGGAGCUGGAGCGCGGCAUCGCCGUCGAGUGCUGGGGUGGCCGGGGCGAGGUCUGGGAGCGGGCCCAGCGGCUGCACGAUAAAAUGCAAACCAACCUCUCGAUGGCACGCGAUCGGCUGCAGUUUCUGGAACUUAUGCUGGAAGCGAAACGGCUUGAGUUGCUCGAAGGCAGCGAGCAAGGCGAGCAAACGCACAAGCAACCAUCACACUCCACCGUACGGCGCCAGAACACGUUCACCGUCGGCGAUGAGGACACCUCGACCGCGUUGUCAUCCGCGAAAGCCGCCACUUCCGGUGGUGCUGCUUCUGCGCCCGAACGAAAGUUUAAGCUACCCAUGUUCAUUCCAUCCGACCUGCACGAAACGGGCAGUGGCACCAGAAGUCCCACCACCACCCUGCCUUAUCGGGACGUGAAAUCAAAGCUGCACAGUACGCCGACCGAGAACAGGAUGGUAUCGUUUAAUGAAAACUGUACCAUCACCACCAACCACCAUCCGGCCCGCGGUACUGCUGCUUCGUCGAGGCCAACAACGGCCGCCACUGCGCCUGCCACACCAUCACUGCCCAUUAAACAAACCGCCAGCGAAGCAUCCGGGCGGAAAUUAACAGUCGGCUACAAGCGUCCCGGCAAUCUGGGCGUGAUGAAUAAAUCGCAAACCCUGCCCCGCAGCAUGGGCGGCACCCGCACGACCCCGACCGGAACGGGCGGAGCGGGCGGCAUUGCCGGCGGGCUCGGGAACGGCGGUACGUACGGCGGCAGCAUCGUGGGCGGUGGUGCGGGAAUGCCAAAAAUUGUGCCAAAACCGGCCGCAACACCACCUGCCAUCAGGCGUCAGUUUUCCAUUCCUGGAAGCUCGCCAGUGCGGAAGGCCAGCAAUGGUUAUGGUAGCAAAAAUACGCCACCGCCACGCUCGAAAACUCCCCUCGCCGGUCAGCAGCCGCAGCAACCUCAGCAGCAGCAGCAGCAGCCACAAAUUUCCGUCAAGGGCGUUGAACCGAAGCUGGUACAGAUCAUCAUGGACGAGAUAGUCGAGGGCGGCGCCAAGGUCCAGUGGCAGGACAUUGCCGGCCAGGAGGUGGCGAAGCAAGCGCUCCAGGAGAUGGUCAUCUUACCCUCCGUGCGGCCAGAACUCUUCACCGGGCUGCGUACACCGGCGAAGGGGUUGCUGCUGUUCGGGCCACCGGGCAACGGCAAAACGCUGCUGGCCCGUGCCGUCGCGACCGAAUGUUCCGCCACGUUCUUCAGCAUCUCGGCCGCAACGCUCACGAGCAAGUACGUGGGCGACGGGGAGAAGCUGGUGCGCGCCCUGUUUGCGGUCGCGCGCGAGCUGCAGCCGUCGAUCAUUUUCAUCGACGAGGUCGACUCGGUGCUGUCGGAGCGGAGCAGCAACGAGCACGAGGCAACGCGCCGGCUGAAGACGGAGUUUUUGGUCCAGUUCGAUGGGCUGCCGGCCAACUCGGAGGCGGACCGGAUAGUGGUGAUGGCCGCCACCAACCGGCCCCAGGAGCUGGACGAGGCGGCGCUGCGCCGGUUCCCGAAGCGUGUCUACGUGACGCUGCCCGAUCGCGAUACGCGCGAGCUGCUGCUGCGGCGGUUGCUGCAGAAGCAGGGCAGCCCGCUGAGCGAUGCCGAUCUGGCCCAUCUGGCCCAGCUGACGGAGGGUUACUCGGGGUCGGAUUUGACGGCACUGGCGCGGGACGCGGCGCUGGAACCGAUACGAGAGCUUAACGUGGAGGAGGUGAAAAAUAUGGACCCGACGAAGCUGCGCAGCAUCCGGGAGAGCGAUUUUCACAACUCGCUCAAGCGCAUCCGCCGCUCAGUGGCACCGCAAAGCUUAGCCGCGUACGAGAAGUGGCUGCAGGACUUUGGUGACGUUACGCUAUAAGCAGGUGGAAUGGGUACAGGAAGGCACCUCGUAGGAGGUUUUAGGACGCACAAACAUGUCGCAGGAAGUGUGUGUGGCCAUUAUGAAGAGGGAGGCAGUAGGAAAGCUGGCAUCGGUCUGAUGCGGACAGGUGCGGACACAGGUCCCUUGUUUCAAAGCAGACACACACACAUUUAGUAGAGCGUGUGGUACUCUGGUAUAUAUGUAUAAGACAAGUAAUUCCCCGCCUGCGAUUAAUCAUCUUGCUGUUGUUGUGUUCUUAUCCUUGGUUGUGAAAUCGUCACUAGACAAUGACUUACGGUGUUGCGUGUGUCGAUGCGACGGUGUGUAUGUAUGCGUAUUAUGUAUAGUUGUAUGUUCGCUUCACUCGCAAGCUCUUUUUUUUCUUGUUAAUCACAUCGUCUACACGAUCUUUAGCUAUUAUGCGUAUUUGUACAUUUCAGUUUAGUUGUUGUACGCCUAUAGGGUAGGCGUAAGGAAAGACACUCACACAUUUGCACUUAAACUUAGCUACAGAACAAACCGUCUAGAUAGCAAUGAUUAUUCCUCAAACUCCAAAUGCUCGUGCUAUCGUGGUUUGUUUUGCCUUUUCCUUAAUCGUUUGUGUACCGAUCCGGCUAGGUAAACAACUAACCGUUUGGUGGUACUGCCCAAUGAAUGUAUAUAAUGGAGAUGAUGUGCGGAAGCGAAACGGAGUGUCCAAACCAACCGACCGACCGUAGCAUUGUAGGUUAAUUCAAUGUUGUAAGCAUCUAUCCUCGCAAACGAAUAAGAAAACAAAACAAUCUCCGUUUGCCGCUCGUUCGAAAGUGAACAAAGUUUCUAUUAUACAAGUAUUCUUACUUUAUCACUAUUGCAACCAGUUGUGAUGCCGUGCGAUGCUUUAGAUGCUGCGCGAAGGAAGGUGAACGCGAGACAGGAAAUCAAACAGAAAUUUGGUAUUUGUCGGUGUAAAGAACAUGUAAACAAGCUGAACAAACUGGGUACGUUAUUGGUUGUUUUGUUUAUUUCUCUUUCUUCAAUAUGUACAUGCUUAAGAAUUUUAGAGGCUUUGUUUAUUGUUUAAGUGUAAAAGAGUAAUGGGGAGAUUCGCUGGCUUCUACCGAAAACGGCACAAACACGUACUGUUUGUACCAUUACAAACGGUUUUAUACAAUGGAUGCUGCUUGAAUGCGUGUGCGCUUGAUGAGCUCUCGGCAUACCACGGUUUACGCAUUAGCAUGGGCAACGAAUGCAACAAUGUGUUGUACAAUUACAGCGACAUCCCAAUUACGCAGGCACAUCGGGAUAUUAGUUUGAGCCAAAUUGGUUUACCAUUUUAAAUGUUUUUAUAAAAGAGUUAGCAAACACAGCUGCAAAAUGCAAGAUGUUUCCAUUCCUUUAAUUGCUUUAAUUCACCCUACACAUUAGCUUUCCCUUCUUUUUUCUCUUAAUGUGAAACAGCAGUUGCCUUGAAAUUGAAACCGAAACAGCCUGAUGAACCGUUCGGGUCUUAAUCAAAGAAACAAAAACAAAACAUUACAAAAUAACAAAACGAAAAAUAAAUCAAACGCAAAAAAAAACAAAAACCAUUCGCUUUUAACGCAUCAUAAACAUACAUUAUUAGCAUCGUCAAGCAAUACCAUCACCAUCACACACAAGCUUCUUCCGCGGGGAGUAAGGGAACGGCACAAAAACGGGAACUCUCCAUUUGCGGAACGCGGGAAGCCCCCGUCACACAUAAACGCAAUCAUUGCGCAUAACGCGCUCCGCAAACACGCCAAAGCAAAUGCCUCAACCAAAAGUAAUGCCGCAAUCACAAUACGCAGCAAAUUUGUCGAUAAGUAGAAACAUGCAUACAUGCAUGGACAGGAGCAGUAAGUCUUACGGUGCAUCCAAGUGCAUCCAAAAUCAAACACACACACACAGUCGUUUGGCGGAUACAGUGCUCUACUAUACAAAUAACAAAUCGUAACCGCUGGGAGCGUAGAUUCGAACGACGACGACGGAAUUUGUACAAAAAGAUACACCAAACUAAUCACACACACACACACUACUACACACAACUAAAGCAGAUAGGAUUUUGGGGGUAGUAUGGAGAAAUUCACACCAAGCUUAGGGAAGUUUUAGCAUGAGUUUUGUGUUCACUUUGCAGCAGGUUACCAUAUAGCUAUAGCGUUCUCUAACCGUUAUUCACUCUCCCUUCUCCCUUCGUGUUGCUCGUCAGCUACUUAGCGUGUUGGUUUAUGUCGUUUCAUAGCGAUUGGGGCUUUUCUUCCUGUAUCCUUUACAAAACUUACUUAGCAAAAAAAACACACAUUCCAUCCAGUAGUGAUGCAACACAAAGCACAGAAUGGCAAGCAAUCAGGCGAACAAGAUUCAAAGGUUUUCCCGCUCGCCCUUUUUCUGCUCUAAUGAGCAUUACUAGUAGGCUGUGGUGCUGUUUUAGAACAACGCGCCGUCAGUAAUGUGUUGUGCUGGGUAGGUGAAUUGGUGAUAGACAUAAAAAAACGGGACACACAUUUAAUUAGCAUUGGAAUUGGUCCCUCAAUCUCUCUCUCUUUACUGGCCGAAAACAACGAUCGUGGAACGGAUUGCGACUGCGCUUUGCGGGCGCAUAAUUACGGCGUACGUAACGUCCAUUGGAAUCCUUAGCGUGUAACAGUAGUGUAAGCAAGCACCCAAAUCAGUUUUAGCAGUUGCUUAUCGCGCGAAAAAGAUAACAAACAAAAGGGGAAAAAAGAAGAAGAAAGCAAAAGUGGAAACCGAGUGAGUUGCUAACAUUAGUAAUAGUAGUAGUAGUAGUGGUAGUAGUAGUAAAUAAAACAGAAAAUAGAUAAGAACAAAAAGCAAACAACAUAACCACACAAUAAACGAUAAAAGAGCAAACAACACAAAGUAGAUUUCAUAAAAGCAUUCACACAAACAUAAUAAACACAUACACAUACACAAACCAGAGGAUGGAAACGAAUGAAACAAAAGAUCCAUCUCAUAUCCGUCAAGAAGACAGAAAUAAAACUAAUCCAAAAGAAAUGAAAACAAAAUUGAA